AUGGCCUGCAUGCUUGCGGCCUGUAGCAAGCGUCGCCCGCCCAGGAACCAGGCACCAGGCGACCGGCGGCCUACCCACGCCGCUCCUAGCCAGGGCCUGUCGCUGGAGGAGGAGCCAGAGACGAGGCACCCGGUGUUCGGCGGCGUGCGCCAGCGCGGCCACGCGGGGGGCCGGUGCCAGUGGGUGUGCGAGGUCCGCGUGCCGGGCCGCGGUGGCUGCAGGCUCUGGCUCGGCACCUACGGCGCCGCGGAGGCCACCGCGCGCGCGCACGACGCCGCCAUGCUCGGGCUCCGCGGGGCCUGCGGCGCCGCCGCGCGUCGCCUCAACUUCGCGGACUCGGCGUGGCUGCUCGACGUGCCGGCGCACGCCGCGCUCCGGGGAGCCGAGGGCGGCAUCCUCCGCCGCGCCGUGGCGCGGGCCGUGGAGGAGUUCCUCCGGACGCGGCCCGCCGCCGAAGACGCCAUGUCCGCCACCUCGGAGCCGCCGCCCGCGGCCGAAGACGACGACGACGCAUCGUCCGACAAGAGCGACGACGGGACGGCCUCGCCGUUCAAGAUGGACGACGUGCUCAGCGACAUGGGCGGCCAACUUGAGUUGGCUCUCAGGCGAUGGCAGCGGACCGCGGUGAGAGCCUCCGUGCGCAGCGGAUCCACGCCGCCGACGCCGACCGGCAGCGGCUCGUACAACGCAGGGAGGGGCCGUCGCCUCGCGUUGGAGCACGAGCUCCUGCCGUAG